CUCAACAGCACUGAGCUUUAAGAAGUUAAAAAGAAGCCGAAGCUGCCAGGAGCCACAAUACUUUCACUUUCUACGAAACCUCCUGGACUCAAAGCUUCAGUUGCUGCUCGAGUCUCGGGAAAGAGCUCCCAUGUGUCGGAGGUGAAUCAUCAAAAAUAUCAUCUGACGGUGAAAGCACCUGAGCAUACUGAGAUGGAUUUACCCGUGGAGGCGACCGUACAUUUGAAUAAUUUCCCCGAUGAGGCAGAGGUGAGAGAAAUCCUCAGGUCACACGGGUUUGAGCUGACAGAUCUCAGCAGCAAUCAGGUGCGUGUCAAGGGCUCGUUUUUGAAACUCAAGGCUGUGAAGGCGUCUUUGGAGCACAUCCUUAACUCACAAACUAAGGCGAACGUCACGCCGGUCCCAAUGGUGUCCUCUGGAGCCAUUUCCAAACACUCCACAGGAAACAGCUCAGAGGUCCAUGAUAACAGACGCUGGGACAAACCUGCGAAUGGUUCUCCUUCUUCACCCACCGCCUUCAGGUCAGUGGUGUCAUACAUCCAACGUAAAACUUCGUUUUCUCGAAGAUCAGACCAGCGUGACUCAUCCAGGCGUGAAAGGGAGUUCUUUGUCGUUGAUGCAGAUGUGUUUAAGUACGUGGAGCGACUCAGGGAGAAAGACUUGAACACAAUCCUGCACAGCCAUGACGUUAGAAUGGACGUGCAUGAAGUCGGCAAAAACUCCAACGUCACUUUAAUUGGAAAGAGCGCAAGGGUAGCUGCCGGUAAACUUCAGAGCCUCCUGAAUGAUCUUAACAAAUCACUGCGCACACAGGAAGUUCCUCUGAAGGACAUGGAUUCAGAAGGACAGGCUCUUCUACAGAGAAUUCAGAAAGACCAAAACAUCUACAAUGCAGUGCUCGUGUGUCAGAUAGACAAUCGGCUGCACCUGAUCGGACCGUCUGGUGAGAGCCACGAGUUAAAGCAGAGGCUGUUGGCGAGGUCGGCUGACCAGUCGGGACGUACUGGGAGGACAUGGCACAGGAACCCCAGUAGGAGGAGCCAAUCUCUGCUACAACACAAUUACAGGUACACAGAGAGAAACAGUGGCGCCAUCGUGAAUCUGUCCUCUGCCGGAGCUGCUGGUUACUCUCCGCCAAAGGUGGACAAACAGGAAGGUCCUUAUUUCAGUCGAAGCGGUGCUUUGAGAAGAAGCCACUCUGAGACCUGGAAGAAGCCCCAGGCAGAAGGGGUUAAUUUGCAAAAAGAGAUGGAAAACAGCCCUCCACCUCGUAAAUCAGCCAAGAAAUUCUUCAUGGAAUUAUUUAAUAUUAAAGAAAAGAAACGGUUUAAAUUCACGAAAAAAGAAAGAAAAUGAGCGAUGAAGUAAUGUUUAUGAAGACAGACGCCACUGAAACUUUACUGUUCUGGUCUCAGUUUGCACGUUAAACACUAAUGUUUGGUCAUUUCUGAAUACCUGCUAAUUGUUGCAUUGAGUAACAGGUGUGAGUAUGCAGUUUCAAAGUGUCGCAGUCGAGUUGAAUACUGGAUUCUUUAGACCAGUCGGGUGUCCCAGUAAUGAGUCCUAAACCCAGGAAACCAGUUCGUCUCAAAGUCAAUGCACUGUAAAAUCUGAGAAGUUGAUCUUAUAAAGAUCGAGGAAACUGAUUGCCCUGAGAUAUCUAUAGAAAUAUUUAUCUUAAUUUUAUGUUUAAAGUGUUAAAAAGUGUAUUGCAGUGGGCAUAACGGAGUACUUGUAAGUUCUCCGGAGGCGCUCUGAAACGUUUGGCCGAAGGGAGCAGCUGAAACAAGUGGUGAAGAGGAUGUGAAGGUCCUCAGUGAUGCAAUCUGCUUUUCUUUUUACCGCCUGUCUUUAAAGUUAGGGAGCUGGGUUUUAGCGGUGAUCUUAGCUGCAUGUUUAUUGAUUCUGGUGAGUUUUUUCUUGCUUUUUUCUGUGAGAAAGUUUUGCGAGGACUCAAUAUUGAAUGUGAGGACUGAUUCAGUGAGUGACUGCUUUACUGCUGUUAAAACGUUUGUGUACCACAGAGCUUAUUUUCUGCAACAACCCAAAAUCCAAUGUGAAAAUCCCAUAGGCUUUUUGAUGACGGAGCCAGGGCGAAGCUAACUUCCACAUAAGCCUGUAGAAGAACUACAUCCCUGGGCCCUCGAAGUAUUCGACUGUUAAGGGAAGAAUUUGACAUUUUGAAAAUAAGUCAUUUGCUUUUCUUGCAAAGAGUUAGAUGAGAGUAUUGAUACCACUGCGCAGUAAACAUGUAGCCAUCGUUUUCUGCUUGUUAGUUUAGCAUGAAAACGGGUCGUUUUGCGAUGAAGACAGUAGUUGUAAACACAGUUUUCUCCGCAGGAUUCUUUGCCUUUAAAUCAGGCUUUCAUGAAAGGGACAUGCACACACAUCUGCGUUUGUAGACUGCCCAGUAAGAACGCACUCUCUCUUAAAUGACCUGUGAUUGGCCAAAGUCUUUCUAAAGCCUGAAAAAAGAGCCAAGAGGAGGUGGAAAAGUGUAGUUUUCUGUUCAAAGUUUAUUAUGGGAUUUCUGCCUAAUAAUGCCAAAAUACAACUGCCUAACGCAGCUUUAUAUUUUGUUUGUUCAAAUGUUGGCAUGUGUCGCAUCAAUUCUCGGAGAGAGUAAAGAAAGCUUCUCCAGUGUUUCUUUAACUGUGUAUACUGGAACAAAAUACUGUAUCUGUUCUAAGCUACAAUAAGCCAAUGAGCCUUAAAAAUCUAUCGAAUGUGCCUUUCUCUUUUUAAAAAGGUCUUUUAUAUGUUUAUUUUUAAAGUGUGAAAUGUCAAUUGAUUAAGCUUUGUACUGACUGAGACUCUGACACUAUAUUUUUUCUGAUGUCAAAAUGUUCGUUAUUCUCCAAAAAACAUUUUUUGACUCCUCCGGUCUUGAGAGCACUCGCACAAUAGUUUUUCAUUGCUGCUAAGUUACUUACACUGGUGGUCUGUAAGUUAUAACCUGAAUGGCUAAAAUAUCAUUUGUGUAAAUGGGAAACUGGAAAAUAAACAUGAUAAGUAUUUAUUCACAAACACUAACAUUAACAAUAAAGCAAUAUGGGUGAUUUGAA